UAAACUCCAGAUUAGUAUCAAGUGUUCUAUAAAAAUAUGUCUAAAAAAACGUGUACUGCAAAAAUAAAAUCAUAUGAUUAAUGUAAAUAUAACCCCAUAGAUAGAGGUUCUGUAAUCAGAAAACUAAGUCUAACUCGAUAAAAAAAAAAAAAAAAACUAAGCUAAACGUGUAGUUGUAGUACUUAGUAAUGGAAGUUUCCAGCACCGGAAGUUCUAAAACCUACAAUCGUUUGAAAGAACUGAAAGCCUUUGAAGAAACAAAAGCCGGAGUUAAAGGUCUUAUUGACUCCGGCAUCACGAAAAUACCAAAAAUAUUCGUGAUGCCGGAAGAAAUCGGCAACACCAACACCAACACCACCCCAAUUUCCGGCAAACUGACCUCGACACAGUUCAACAUUCCUGUGAUAGACCUUAAUGACAUCGUCGAAAAACGCUCCGAUAUUGUUGCGGUAAUCCGACAGGCAGCUGGAACAGCUGGGUUUUUCCAGGUGGUGAAUCAUGGAAUACCGGUGAAGCUAUUGGAGGAGAUGAUGGCGGCAGUGCGUGAGUUCCACGAGCUUCCACAGGAGAUGAAGGCUGAGUAUUUCACUAGGGAUGGGCACAAAGUGAAGAGAGUGGUGUAUAGAUCCAACUUUGAUCUAUAUCAGUCAAAGUUUGCUAAUUGGAGAGACACACUAUCUUGUGUGAUGGGUCCUGAACCUCUUGAUCCACAAGAACUGCCUCCUGUUUGUAGGGAUGUAACAAUGCAAUACUAUAAGCAAAUUCAAGAAUUGGGGAGUCUUGUGUUUGAACUAUUAUCUGAAGCACUUGGACUCAAGACUAACCAUCUUGAAGGCAUGGAUUGUACAAAAGGGCAUAUAAUUAAAUGUCACUAUUAUCCACCAUGUCCAGAGCCUAAUCUCACUAUGGGAACUACCAAACACUCUGAUCCUGAUUUCCUUACGAUUUUGCUUCAAGAUCACAUUGGUGGGCUCCAAGUUCUCAGCCCUAAUGGGUGGAUUGAUGUUAUUCCUGUUCAUGGAGCUUUGUUAGUAAACAUAGGGGAUUUGCUACAAUUAAUAUCCAAUAACAUAUUUAAAAGUGUGGAGCACCGUGUGCUGGCAAACCAUAAUAAAUGCCCUAGAAUAUCAGUGGCGUGCUUUUUCGCUCUCGAUUUCCAUCCAACAACAAGAAUGUAUGGUCCAAUUAAGGAACUAUUGUCAAAAGAUAAUCCAGCAAUUUAUAAGGAAAUUACACUCAAAGAAUUUGCCACUUACUAUGAUAAUAAGGGACUUGAUGGGAAUUCUGCUCUUCCCCAUUUUAUGUUAAAGCACUAAUUAUGGAAAUGUAAGUAUGAUUAUUAUAAAUCUUGCUAAACUUGUUCUUAAUUUAUCAAACUUCUUUAAUGUGUUUUAGAAAUUUAAGAUGUAGUUAAUCUUUGUAAUCGUGAAGUAGAGUAAGAAUCAAGAUUAGAAACAUAAAGGAGGGCAAGGAUUUAGUUUGCUACAGUAUAGAUCCAAGUUGAGAUAAUUGAUAUCAUAAUUGAUCGUGUUUUGUAGAAUGGUUAGAUUGCUUUUGUUUUGUGAUACUGUUCAUUUUGUGAGUGGACUUGGAUUCGGAAGGUGCUUGGGUUGCAAGUCUCUAUAUACUUAAUAAGAAAAUCCAUGUGCCUUGAAUUUA